AUCUCUCCACAUCGCCGCUCCAUCGUCUUCAACCUCCAAAAACCAUCGCCGCACCAUCGUCUUCCCCACAGCCUUCUCUCACGCCCAGCCGCCGUCCUCCGCCUCACGCCCUCGCCUCACGCUCAGUCGCCGCUGCUCCUCUCCGCCAGACGCAGCUGCCGCACCUCCUCGCCGCCGGUCGCCCCGCUCCUCGCCGUUGCUCGCCGAUACUCUCAGAAUUCGUUGUACUAUAUAAGUCAGCUUUGCUUAGGCCAUUUGCUUUUUGACAGGAGAUUGACAGGCUGUUGUCUACAUUUCAUCAAUGGGAGUGCAUUCCUAAUAGUGGAGAGCAUCAACAACUUGUGAAGGAGCUUCUUUCUGCGUGUGAGAGCAUUUCAUGGCAGGAAGGUGGAUGAAUUGGACAAGACAAUUUCUAUUGCCUCAAAAGAUCCUUCUUGGUAUGGUAUAAAUGAAGUUGAGCUUGAAAAGCGGAGAAGGUGGAUGAGCCCAAAGUGGAGCCCAAAGUUAUAUUCUCGGGCAGCAAGAUGAUGAGCUGGAUGAAUUUAGUGCUAGUGUAAAAAGAAUUGCUUCUUUUGGGAGUGUGUUUACUCUUGGUCAGUUGAGCCAAUGGUCAAUGGCUUCUUUGAAGCUAAGUAAUUAUGGACUAUUGCAACUCAACUUUUAUUACAGCUGUAAAGUGGUGCAAUAUGCAAAGAUAUUAAGUCAUUUUGCAGUCAUUUCUAUUAUUGCAAGCUAAGCUUAUAAUUUAAGUUUAAAAACUUAGCUAUCACAAGAAAGACCAGAAAAAUGCCUCUGCUAAGUGCUAACACCACAAAAUGCCUCAUAAUGAAAAGACUAAAAGCCAAUGAGAUACCUAAAUAGAAAAGGGAUAAAAGUAAAAUUCCCUGAUCAAUUAGUUUGGAUAAAAUUGAAGAUUGAUCAAACAAGACUUUACUAGAAUCAUUAUUUUUCUAUAGUUUUUAUGAGAAUCAUUAUCCUGUUAAGUAUAAACAAUCUACACCUCUCACCAUUAUGAUGACCAUGUUGUUUCUUCUGUUUACUGCAGGUAUAAACCAAGUGAAGAGACACUGCUACAGAUUGAUCGGUUCUAUUUAAGCAUAAUUGCUGAAUGUGAUAUGACUACAAAUCGAAAACUGGCACCAUUAUCACGCCCAUUAAGUCAACAAAGUGGUGCAUCAGCAGCAUCUACCACUGUAUCUACUUUACCAGUGUCAAGUUUUGCCUCAGCUGGACUUGUGAAGUCCUUAAAUUAUGUUUGUUCCUGCAGCUGUCACAUUUGUUGAGAAAAUCCUUCAAUUCCCAACUAAACCCUUCAAAUGUUAAAGAAUCUCCAAAGAAUAAAGAAAUUUCUACUGUAUCUGCGUUUGAUUCACCAAUUCUCGAAGAAGUUGAUACCCUGGAAGAUCAUGAUUUCAUGGCAGUAGAUGUAUUGCGCUGGUACAGAGACCAACAACUGUCAUCAACUUUGCCUAAUAGUGACCAAAUUUUGAACCCCAAAGAUGUUGGUGGCCAUAAUUUCCUAGAAGUAGGUGCUGCAGCUCUGCUUGUAGGGGACAUGGAAGCCAAAAUGAAGGGUGAGCCUUGGAGAAUCUUUGGCAGUGCUGAAAUGCCUUACCUAGAUCAACUAUUGCAACCAUCUUUGCUGACUACUGUCACAGAUUCUGCCUCUGCUCAUGCACACUUAAGAGCAAUAACAGCACUAAAGCGCUCUAAAGCAGGGCCUAAUCAAAUAUGGGAGGAUUCUCCAGUGAGCACCUUCCGUCCUCGUGCUAAGCCACUCUUUCAGUAUCGACACUACAGUGAACAACAACCAUUGCGACUAAAUCCUGCAGAGGUGUGUGAAGUUAUAGCUGCUGUUUGCUCAGAGACUCCUGCUCCAAAUGCUCUUUUCAUGACUACCUCAUCUAAAUUAAGUAACAACAGUGGGAAGCCAUCAAUAGAUGUAGCUGCUAGUGUUCUUGUAAAACUAGCAAUUGACAUGUGGAUGUGGUUGUGUUUCCAGACCGAGGUGAGAGCUUCUAUGCCUUUGUUAUUUUAUCUCCAUCAAAAGACUUCAUUGCUGCACGCCAAGAACCUCUUAGCUAUCUUGACGAUCCUCAUACGAUCGAAGCUUUGACUGUAAUAGAAGCACUCUCUUAGAUGUUGGACAAAAGUUGGAGGAGGAUUCGAGUGGAAUCUAAUUGCUUAAAUGUUGUUCUCUACUAAUUAAACUCGCUAGCCUUGGAUUACACAUAUGCUGGUUGUAUUAUUGAAGGUUGUCGUUCUUUAACCAGACA